AUGUCUGGAUUCUCCAUUCCUUUAGUUCUGCAAGGAGAAGCUUUGAACAGUUAUAUUUCUGAUGCUGAUGAAUUUAGGAACUUGCAACCGGAGAAGGACACCAUUAGAGAUUUCUCAACUGGCACAUCAUAUUCUGUCAAUGGAAAUCCAAUCCACGAUCAAUUUGUCGAGGGGAUUCCCCUUCCCGGUUCAUCCGUUACUAUCCUUCCAGCCGCGAGAUGUAAUACCAUGGAGAAUCCCGACAACUUUUCAACUUCUGGUCCUUUUGAGUAUCCCUUGGAAUGCCCGAGAAACAUUGUCCCAAGUGACUACACUAACAUGAUGAAUUCGUCAUGUGGACCCAUGAAUUAUGUAUGUAAUGAUUUACCUUUUGAUACGAGCAGUAGAUGGGACUUCAGCAAAUCCCUAACUUCUCCAGAACUUUUUGGGACGGUCAUACCCCGUCCAACAGGAAAUUCCACUUCGAAUGGGUGGAUAUUACCAGAACGUGGCAGCUUGACUAAUAAUAGCCCAGGCUCAUCCCUAUUUAGUAACGAGCUGUCCCUUAGUCUUGCUACAUCUCGACCUUCUGCUAUAAACAGGUCUUCUGUACAAGAACCAUGUUUGGAGAUGAGCUCAUCUGGUAUAACCAGCUAUUCUUUGCAUCAAAGGCACAUUGGUUCUGAACAAACAUCUUGCAACAGUAAUAACGUUUCAUUGAGCUUUAAUUCUACCAAGCCAGUCGAAAUUUCACAUUUGUUAUUGGGAUCAAGUUAUUUCCAUGUGAUGCAAGAAAUACUUGCUGAAACUGCUCGCUUUGCCCUCGAAAAUUUUGAUCAGACGAGCUAUUUGACUACUGGGAUUGAGGAUAGGAAAGAUUUUUCUUUUUCUUUAGCAGGAAGAGGCUAUUCCGCUUCAACUCCUGGUUAUCCUGAUGGGGACUGUCAAAUCAUGGAUCGAGGAAAUCACAUUUUGCAAGACCGAGAAGUUGAAAUAAAGAAAAAGCAUCUGCUGUCUUUGUUGCAAGUGGUUGAUGACCGCUUCAACCAAUGCUUAGACGAGAUCCAUACAGUUGUAUCUGCAUUUCAUACUGUAACUGAGUUGGAUCCUAAUAUACAUGCUCGAUUUGCUCUUCCAACAAUCUCUUUCAUGUACAAAAACCUUCGGGAGAGAAUUAGCUGCCACAUUCUUGCAAUGGGAGCAAAUUUUAGUGAGGGAAGGGAAAAAGAAGAGAAGUCAUUUGAGGCAUCCUUCAUUGAUGAACAGUGGGCUCUUCAGCAGCUAAGAAAGAGAGAUCACCCGUUAUGGAGGCCCCAAAGAGGGCUGCCCGAAAGAUCUGUCUCGGUCUUGAGGGCAUGGAUGUUUCAGAAUUUUCUUCACCCAUACCCCAAGGACGCAGAGAAGCAUUUGCUCGCUUUAAAAAGUGGAUUGACGAGAAGCCAGGUGUCCAACUGGUUUAUAAAUGCUCGUGUUCGUCUUUGGAAGCCAAUGAUAGAGGAAAUGUAUGCAGAGAUGAACAGGCGAAAAGGUCGCGGUAACAAUGAAGGAACUGACAACUAUAGAAAUCGUUUGGUCUUUGAGAAUACAAGGUUUACAAUGAAUUGA